AUGAGUGACCGAUAUCUAGAACAAAGGAUUAGUAUCAAAUUCUGCGUGAAAUUGAACAAGUCUGCAAGUGAAACCCACCAUCUUUUAAAAGAAGCUUAUGGGGAUGAAGUCAUGUCAAGGGCCAGAGUUUUCGACUGGCACAAAAGGUUUAAAGAAGGGCGGGAAGACAUUCGAGAUGAUGCCCGAAGUGGUCGUCCAGUCACCCACCGGACGGAUGAAAAUAUCCAGAAGGUCAAGGACUUGGUUUGUUCGAAUAGGCAGUUAACUGUGAGGAUGAUGGCUGAAGAGUUAAAUUUAGAUAAAGAAACGGUUAGGCUCAUUCUGAAAGAAAACCUGAAUAUGAGGAAGGUAUCUGCAAAAGUUAUAUCGGGUAUUUUGAAGGAUAAGCCUAAGCCUCGAAAACUUGACUUUAGGUCUGAUCAUUCAAAGGAAACUAGGAAAAAUAGCUCAUGUGUGAGGGAAAAAUUAAUUUUUGUUUUCUGGGUCUGCACGGUCAAUAAAUUUUCAACGAGCAGUGAUCCUGUUCCUCAUCUUUCAUUGCUUUAUGGGACUUCAGGGAAUGAAAGCAUAACAUCCUGCUUUCCCAUAAGUUCUCUGGCCGCUACCCUGGCACCAAUUAAAGACAUGUCCAUGCAAUUAAUCAAAACCAAUUUGGAAGCUCUCUGGCACUGCUCCUCUGAUGUGCUGCCUGCUCCACAUACAGUAGUUCCGCAGCUGCAGUGAUGGAGCCAGACACAUAGGAGCUUUUGAUGAACUGGUUGUGCCAGCCCCAAGUGUUAACUAUGUCAUCUGACAUGACUAAUGAUGCUCCCAACUUGAUCUGCAUGAGCGGAGCAGUCCUGCUGUCUGGAGGAGGCUCGGUUUCCAAAGCCAGCCUGGGAAGAGGCUGCAGUGUGCAGGGUACACACUCCAUCAUGUCAGCUGGAGUCCUGGAGGCCUCUAGUGUUGGAGCUGAGAGUUGUCCACAGGGAGGGUGAUGGAAACUGUGGGCCAGGCUCUGUGCUGGGCGCUGGUGGGAAUGUGACCCGACUUAAACUUCUAGCUCAGCCUCCUCAUUUUAUAGACAUGGAAGCCAAGAGUCAGCAAAAGUGAGGCGCCUGCCAAAGGCCUGAGCUGUGGUGAGAGAAAUAAAGGAGAAGGCAUGGAUCCUACCUUUGAGGAGCUAAACCCCUAGAUGAGCAAAUAAACAUGUGUGAGGAUAACAACUGGGGUCUGAUGCAGGUAUACCUCCUCAAGGUUUAAACUGUGGGUUUCCUUCCUUAAUUCUGCAAACAUUUAUCAAGAGGAAGAGAGUCUGUGCUUUUGUCGCCUCUGCAAUCCCAAGAGCGUGUGAUUUGAAGUCAACAGGUCUGGGUCUGAGUCCCAGCUCUCCUUUGAGUUGAUGUAAUCUUAAGCAAAUCACUUCAUUUUUCUGAGCCUUGGGUUCCUCAGCUGUAACACUGGGACAAGCCAAAUAUUGCCUACCCAGCCUACAUCCUACAGUCCUUGUGAGACCCAGCAGAGUUAAUGGGUGUGAAAGUAUAAGAGUCCCUGCACACGUUAGUUAUGAUUCAUAUUACUACCCUCUCCAAGGACCCCUGGCUGAAAUCUCUGCAAUAUGGAUCCACAGAUAGCUUUAACUCUCUUCCUCUUCCAGCCCCUUUCAAAAUGCACAGGAAAGAAAGGGAUAUAAAACCAAUUGAUCAUCUGCCUACAAUCUCAACAGCUUUCCCAGAGAAUCCAUGAAACAGGAAGACAAAGAACUCAGCCGUUGUAAUUUAAUGUCAUUCCACACUUUGAUUGAGCACCUACCAUAUACCAGGCGUUGGCCAUGCUGUGUGGGGAAUCAGAGUUGGAUAAGACAUGCUCCUUGGCCACACUGAGAAGCUCGCCAUUCAGUGGGAGAAACAGACAUGGACACAAAUAACUAUAACAUACUGCAGAAAAAUACAAUUGCCAUAGGAAAGAUACAAAUCAAGUUCUGUGUGAGUCAGAGGAGGGAAUGAUUCAUUCCCCAAAAGGAAACUGGGAAAAGUUUCAUCAAGGACGUGGUAUUAAAGGAUGAGCAGGGUUUAGCUCUGUCAGGAAGCACCAGAAAGGGUGCUCUAGACUGAAGGAACAGCGUGGGCAAGUGCAUGGAAUCCUGAAAGGAAUGGUGAUCUAGAGGACAGAGUAAAACUGAGUGAGAUAGGGAGUGUGAGCAUGAACAACAGAAGACUCGCUGGGCUUCCCUGGUGGCGUAGUGGUUGAGAGUCCGCCUGCCAAUGCAGGGGACACGGGUUCGUGCCCCGGUCUGGGAGGAUCCCACAUGCCGCGGAGUGGCUGGGCCCGUGAGCCGUGGUCGCUGGGCCUGUGCAUCCGGAGCCUGUGCUCCGCGGCGGGAGAGGCCACAGCGGUGAGAGGCCCGUGUACCGCAAAAAAAAAAAAAAAAAAAAAAAAAAAAGACUCGCUGGGCCCCAGCUCUGAAACCCAAGCAUGGAUGUUGCUAUUUCACUGUUCUCUUUGCUGACUGAGGUUACCUUGGCCUCUGUCCCUCAAUCAGAGAGAAUCCUGUACUGGCUCUUCCUCCAGUAAGGCCAAACCCAAGCCCCAGGUGGGAGAGCCAACAACAAAAAUGAAUGGGGAACAGCAAUGACCAUCAGAUACAAAGUGGCCUGGACUGGGAAGCUCUGGUCACAACCAUACAUCCCUGGCCCAGGUGAGAGGGUCACAUAGAUGCAGCCAUGACACCAACAUCUGAAGCAUGAUGGCAAGGACCUGAGGCCUCUUGGCAUGGGUCACACACUACAUUUCUCUCCUUUCCUCCUUUGUUCAGAAGAAGCCAACUUCUUCUUUAUGUGUGCUGCUGUCAGAAUGGUUUUGGAAGGCCAGGAGCUGCAGCUGGGCUCAAGGCAUGGCCAUGGGCCACCCCAGGGACUCAUAUUUUCUCCAUGUUUCCAUUUUUCAUUGUAAAUUGGCUUUAAAUAAAUAUAUAUGUGUGUGUGUGUAUUUAUUUAUUUAUUUAUUUAUUUAUUUAUUUAUUUAUUUAUUUAUUUAUUUAUUUAUUUAUUUCUGGCUGCAUUGGGUCCCCGUCGCUGUGCACGGGCUUUCUCUAGUUGUAGUAAGCAGGGGCUACUCUUCAUUGCAGUACACGGGCUUCUCAUUGCGGUGGCUUCUCUUCUUGUGGAGCAUGGGCUCUAGGCACGUGGGCUUCAGCAGUUGUGGCUCUCAGGCUCUAGAGCACGGGCUCAGUAGCUGUGGUGCACGGGCUCAGUAGUCGCGGUGCACGGGCCCAGCCGCUCCACAGCAUGUGGGACCCUCCCGGACCAGGGCUCAAACCCGCGUCCCCUGCAUUAGCAGUCGGACUCCUAACCACUGUGCCACCAGGGAAGCCCCGUAAAUUGGUUUUUUAUUGUGCAAAUAAUACAGUGAUAAGAACAGAAACCUCAAAAAUAGGAGAAAGAGAUAACCCACUCACACAUUAUCUGUUUCCAUUUCUUUUUGCCCCUUCCUGCUGUUGACUGUGAGCACAAUUUUGGGGGGCUGCUUUGAUCACUGAUGCAAUUACAUAUUCUUAUUGCUCAGCUUUGUGAGCAAUAAGAAUAUGUCAUCAUACAGCUUUUUCCAUUUUGCUACUUACUGCCAAUCUCUGGUGUCCACACAGUCUUGGCCCUGUUACCCCAAGACUGAAGAAAGAUGCCAGGGCCAUGUAAAAUGGGAUGCCCCAUAGAUAACGUGGUGGUUGUUGACACUUGCCAUCAUGGUGCAGAGGAAAGCACUGACUGCUCUUCCAUCACAUAGACUUCGGUUGGAAUCUACGUCGAAGCUAGAUAGCCCUGGGCAGAUCACUCCAUUCCUUUGAGCCUCAGGUCCUUGUCUGUAAAAUCGGGUUGGUAUUAGUACCACCCUCAUAAGAUUGCUAUUGCUGUGAGGAUUAAAUGAGAUACCAAAAGGCAAAUGUCCCAUAAUGGUGGCUGCCCUGCCUGUGCCCUUGCUGGGACUGGCCUUGGGUCCACUCUGCUUCCACCCUUCUUCUCCUGCCCACAUUGGACCUUCUCCUCGCUCCUGAGCCCAGCAGGCCUCCUGGGUGAGUUCACCUAAAUUCUGACAAGCACUCCAGUCUGUGUAUUUAUUAUUCAUUGGAUGAAUGUGCCAUCUUUUACUUAGGUAUUCUCCUCUGAUGGAAAUGUUGAUUAUUUUCCAAUUUUUUACUGUUUCCAAUACUGAUGUAAUAAAUAUCUUAAUGUAUAUUGCUUACUCCAUCCUUUAAAAAAAGUAUUCCUUAAGAACAAUCCCCAGGAAAAGGAUCACUAGAACAGAGGUUAGAAACAUUUGAACAGCUUCUGAUGUAUAUUUCCAAGUUGAUUCUCCAGAAGGUUUGUACCUGUUAUUCCGCCACCAGCUCGAGAGAGGACCACUUGGACUACAUUACCGGCUCUUGGAUUCUGGCCACAGACUCUCGUUUCUGCUUAUUUUUCACCAUUUUCUUCCCCAACAUCUUUCUUUCUCGCCUCCCACACUGCAGGACAACUCAAUAUCUUCCCUCCAAAAUAAUGCUUCCAUGCUUUUGUGCCUUUGUACUUCCUAUUAUUUCCCAUCACCCUUGCCUGAGAAUAUCCUUCCCUUAACAUACCCUCUCACCACAGAGCUCAUCUUUUGUGGAACUGGGAACUUCUGUACUAUCUUUAAGACCCAGCUUAAAUACCCCUUCUUUGUGAACUAGUUCCAAUUCUCCUAAGCGGAGUUAGUCACUCUUGCCUUAUGUGGUGAUUGGGGGGACCCUUGGCAUCCAAGUGCUCACCAAGAAACCGUCAUCCUCUAAUCCCAGUUUACACGCCCAAAUCUGUGAGUCUCCUCCCUCUCCCCCUCUCUCACUCUUUGCACCAGGCAAUUACCAAGUUAUGCUAAUUCAUAUCCUAAUUAUAAUUUUGCAUCCACUUAUCUCUCUCAUUGCCAUCACCAAUGACCAUCACCUCUCAUCAGGAUUCCUGGAAUAAU